CGUGUGUGUGGGCGUGUGGGCGUGGCGGGUGGGUGCACGUCAUGAGGGGGCCGCCCACACCCACCCCUGAAAACGGCGAUGUCCUCCAGUGAGAGUGGCGGCCCUGACGCGGGUCCUGCCCUCAUACGCAUCAGCACUACGCAGAUACACACUCAGGUGACACAGACGGUGCGGUUCAGACCAGUCAGGUCACUGCUGCUGCUGGCUCUCCUGGUGGUGGUCUCACUCUUCGUCCUCUUCACCCUCUCUCAGAUGGCAGUGGUACAGCAUACCAUGAUGGCGCAGCUGGGGGAGACUGGGCGUGCAGGUGUGGGCGUGGGCACCAUGGGCGGCGGGGGCAGCAGCAGCAGCAUUAGCAGCAGCAGCACCGGUGGUGGUGGCGGCGGUGGGCGUGUAGGCAGGUCACCACACAGACCUUGGCGCAGUCAGUUCAGUCAGUUCAAGAUCGAGCCACUGCUGAUACGCAACGCCCCUUCAGUCGAGGUGAACACGGCGCUGGCUGCCAACCGAAGACGUGCCAGCCAGCUGGCUGCUAUCAUCGUCAGGAACUCCCUCCUCGUCACCCACUCCCACCACAACACAUCCAAUCCCAUCAACAACCAUGUUUACAGUGAUCGCAGGCCCCCACACACCCAAACCACAAACACCCUACCACUCCUCCCUCGAAGUCAUGCCACCGUCCACACUACCCACAGAGCCCUAAUCACCACUCACAUCGCUGCACACACAGCAUACCACUCACAUGUCAUCACAAAUCACUCCACACACUCAAUAUCAACAUCAAAUCAUUCGAAACUGAAGACAUUCGUUCCGCCAGGUAGACAAGCAGGGCCCCAUACCACUGCUAGGGACCAAAGUAAAGAGACCACUGAGGAGAAUGGGAGAGCGAGUGAAGGCAGUGCAGAGCCCACUGCAACAGACAGAAAGAAAGGCACAAGAGUGAAUAGUGAGGUAGUCAGAGGUAACACAAAGACUGUAGGGGGCGCUGAAGGCGGCGACAGGAGGAACGAUGUGAGACAAACCCAUCAACAACACAGUGGCAAACAGAAAGUCAGCGGUGAAACAGUGAGAAGACGAUUUUUGAGCAAAGUCCAGUGCGACACUCUUGAUUGUGAUACUAUAUUGCAAGAACAUCAGAACACCUUGCCGAGCACUGAACACCACCGGCUGCCACUUGUGCACACGACCAGUCACAGCACCUCAAGUACUAACACCAAUAAACGUACACGCACUGACCCACAAUUCAGUCAUAACUCUAAAAUAAACAAAAGAAUAUCUGAAAAUGAAAUGGAAAGCGAGGAAUUGAACGCCAAUGCAAAGCUAUCCGAUUUACUAGGAACAGAGUUUAGUGAAGCUGAAAGAGAAUUCGAACCUUUAUACAUGCGAGAGGAUGACGAUUACGAUGUUACAGAUGACGGGCUCACUACCUUGACCUCGCCAGUACCUCAGCACCUCCAGGGAACCUCCAAGGCGACCUCCAGAGCUCCUCUCACCGAAGAGCAGCUGAGAGCUCUGCCUCUCUGCCCUGAGAUCCCUCCAGGGCUACAUGGAGUCCCACACAGGAGGCAGACGACCCCUGUCUGCCACGACCCCAAGGUGGCGGUCGUGCUGCCUUACAGAGACCGUCUGCACCACCUGGUCAUCCUGCUGAGCUGGCUAAAACCUGUCCUCAGAAAGCAGCAGCUGGAAUACACCAUCUAUGUCGCUGAGCAGGCUGGCAACGCUACCUUCAACAAAGGCUCCAUCAUGAACGCUGGCUUCAUGGAGGCUUGGCAGAGGAGCGAUGCCAACUGUUUCGUCUUCCACGACGUUGAUCUCCUUCCAGAGGACGACCGUAACAUGUACUCUUGUCCACCCCAGCCCAGGCACCUCUCCGUGGGCGUCGACACACUGGGCUACAAGCUACCAUACUUCCUGCUGGCUGGUGGAGUGCUCAGCGUGCGAGGGGAUCACUUCCUUCGUCUCAACGGCUACUCCAACAUGUACUGGGGCUGGGGUGGUGAAGACGAUGAUAUGGGAUACAGGAUCAAGCAAUCUGGUCUGAGUAUAACUCGACCGCCCAGCAUGCUGGCCAGAUACACCAUGAUACGUCACCUCAAGCGUCGACCUCUCACCUGGAAGGUGCGGGGCAAGUUGGUGAGAACAUCCGGCCGACGAUACAGACUUGACGGCCUCAAUACCCUCAGGUACUCCCUCCUCGCCCUUCACCGACACCCACUCUUCACACACCUCCUCCUCGACGUGGGUAGCCCUCCAGAGAACCUGGUCCGCCUCGACUCCCACUGAAGUGUUGCUUUGUCUUGAUGUAGAACCUUGUCUUCUUCAUCGCCAAGGCUGGCUUGGUGUAGAAGUGUAUCAUCUUCAUUGCUGCAGCUGUCUUGAUGUAGAAGUGUCAGUGUAACCGCUACGGCAUUUUGGUGUAGACGCUUGUCAUCUUCACGGUUUUCAAGUGUGUGAGUGUGGGUGAAGAAGAUAAUUUCUAGGGUUCUUAACACUAAAGAGACCGAGGAAGCCAAUUAGACUGGCUUAUUUUCGCGGGGGUCCUUUCCUAUAAUACAACAGCCUAUGCAAGGUGAACAUGGGCAGCCCGUGGGCUCAGAUGUGGAUGCGAGUACGUGUGUCACAAGACAACGUUGAUGCGUUUAUACAUACGAGAGGAACAUCAUUCAUACGUUAGCAGCCAGGUUGCUUCAGGUGUGAGUCUUCCGCCCAGAUAACAGAGCUGAGGACGAGUUACACAGGUGUCAACGAAUUAAAACAGAAAACAAAAUUACUCCUGUAUUUAAGGCACCAUUACACAAAUAACCCGCACAUAGAAGAGAGGAGCUUACGACGACGUUUCGGUCCGACUUGGACCAUUUA